AUGCGGGGUGAGUGGAAUGGUUUGCAAGCUUUGUUUCUUAAAGAUUCUCCACAAGCAUACUAUAUACAUUAUUUUGUUCAUAGGUUACAAUUAGCAUUGGUGGCAGCUUCAAGAGAGGUACUUCAAAUUCAUGAAUUUUUUACUCAAUUAAACUCUAUUGUCACUAUUGUUAGUGCUUCUUCAAAAAGAUAUGAUCAAUUACAAGAAACUCAAGCAAUUGAAAAUGCAAACUUUGUUGCUCAAAAUGAAUUAGAAACAGGUAAAGGUGCGAAUCAAAUAAGCACUUUACAAAGAGUUGGGGAUACUCGAUGGAGCUCUCACUUUAAUUCUAUUUGCAGUUUGGUAAAAAUAUUUACUGCUACCAACAUUGUUCUCAAUAAUAUCAUUGAAGACGGGACAACUUAUGCACAAAAAGGUGAGGCUUAUGGUGUUGGUAAAAUAUUAUUGUCAUUUGAAUUUGUUUUCACUUUGUACUUGAUGAAAGAGAUUAUGGGAAUCACUAAUGUUCUUUCCCAAGCAAUGCAACAACAAUCUCAAGAUAUUCUUAAUGCAAUGCAUAUUGAUUUUACAUCAAAGUUACUUCUUCAACAAUUAAGAGAUGGUGGAUGGUGCAAUUUUCUUGCAAAUGUUAAAGAUUUUUGUGAAAAUUAUGAAAUUGAAGUCCCUAAUAUGAGUGCACAAUAUGUUUUUGGAAGAGGUCGAUCUUGUCAACCAAGUGUGACAGUUGAGCAUCAUUAUCGAAUAGAUAUAUUCUUGGCAACAAUUGACUCUCAAAUACAAGAGUUGAAUAGUAGAUUUAAUGAGCAAACAAUAGAGCUUUUGACUUUGAGUUGUGCUUUGGAUCCUAAGGACAAUUUCAAAUCAUUUAAUAUUGAAGAAAUUAGCAAGUUAGCAGAGAAGUUUUAUCCUCUUGACUUUUCUUCUAAUGAGCUAAAUAUUUUGAAAUCUCAGUUGCAACAUUAUCAGCAUGAUAUACCAAAUCAUUUGAAAGGCAUUGGUACACUUUCUGAAUUGUGCAACAAGUUGCAAGAAAUGGGAAAAUCAAGAACUUAUCACAUAGUUGAUAUAUUAAUACGUCUUGUUUUGACUCUACCAGUGUCUACAGCAACAACAGAAAGAGCUUUUUCAGCAAUAAAAAUUGUUAAGACAAGACUCCGAAGUAAGAUGGCUAAUGAAUUUCUUGCAGACAAUUUGGUUAUCUAUAUAGAAAAAGAAUUAGCAGCUAUUUUCGACACAAAUUCAAUUAUAGAUGAUUUUGAAAAUAGAAAAAAACGUCGAAUAGCCUUUUCAUGA